UGUAACCGUCGUGUCUUUUUCUCACAAACGAUUGGUGCGUCAGGCAAACACAGAAUCAUGGAGAAAUCGGAAGAUGAUUAUUGGGGCGAUUCAAAUACUGUCAAGUACAGUAAAAAGAAGAACAUGUUUGACGAUGAUGUCACAAUUGAAAAAGCAUCAGAGAUGGCUUUGUAUAGGAAAAACCUGGCUAGUGAUGGAGUAGAGGAGGAGGAGGAAGGAAUUGGCUGGAAUGAUGACCCCAGUCCAUCACUUUCUAAUUCAAUAGUAACAUCCGCUGAACCUGCCAAGCCAAGUAGUGAUACAGGCAUCAGAGUUUCUAAAUCAAUUGUGACACCCACUGAACCUGCCAAGCCAAGUAGCGAUUCAGGCAUCAAAGCUUCAGCAAGUGGUGGCAGCAGUUUCCCUCGUAAGACCCUUGACCCUGGACCAGGUGCCCCAACACGAACCCAGUCUUCCCCUAUGACACAUGCAAGAUCACGUAGCGAGGUUAUAGUGGGUAAGGGGACGUUGAGUCUCCCCGAAGUGCCUGCAUUAGCACAUUUCAGUCAGGAUCGUGAGCCAAGCUUGGCUACGAUGAUCAGUCGCAAUCAACCUGCAGUGAAGCCAUCAAUAGGACCUCAGUCAAUAUCACAGAAGGAUGAUCAAAUACGGUAUCUGCAACAGCAGCUAGAUAAUGCCUUGGGUGUAACAAAGCUGAAAGUAGAUGAUACUGUGAAAAGGAUGUUACGUGGUCAACCAUAUUCUUUGGAGGCUUAUAAAGGGAAGGAAGAGAAACUGGAACUUCUUGACAAAGCUAUUGCAACACAUGAUGGCAAUGCUAUCACAGCUGUGGUAGUGUUCCUGAAGCGCACCCUGAAAGAUCAGCUGUUCAACCUGGAGCUGAUGAGACGUCCAGUGGCCGUGGAGCAAUAUCUGGCCUACCUGAGGGCCCACUACAAUACGCAUGAAUAUGAGCACAUGCUGCAGCUUCUUGGAAGAACAGAAGAACAAGCAAUGCUGAAAUACAAGCAUGCAGCCUCGUUAGCUGAUCCCAAUGCCAAGAUUGAUCGACUAACAGCAUGUCAGCAAGCCCAUUUUGCCUGCAGUCCUGGUCUAGAGUCAGAUGGCAGCCUGAUUGUGCAACAGAUCAAUAUGCUGAGACGCCAGCUACCAGUAGAUGCAGCAGAUGAAGAAACGGAGAAGACAGGAAAGGCCCUUGUAUUCCAGCAGCAUCCUCGGGCCACCUCCAUCAUCAACAUGCCUGUGAUCACCACUCUCUACUACUGCUGCGUCUACCAUUACGGGGAAUCUGAGAACCUCCUUGGCAGUCCUGAGGACAUUAGGAAAAAACAUCAGCUUACAGAGAAACAGUUUGUGUGGACGACCUUAAGAGCAAGGGCAAAACUGCACAAGUGGGACGAUGUGGAAACCUUGUUUACAACUAAGAAUUGGCUUGGUAACACAAAGAUGAAAAGUGUGAUUGGAUUUGAGAAAGUGUGUCAAGUUCUGAACCAGCAAGGGACACCGCCAGAUAUACUAAAGAAGUUCUUCAGAAAUAUUGACGAUGUUGACAGGAGGCUGGAGCUUGCUAACAAAUUACAGUGUCAUGAUGCCAUUAUUGAGACCUACCAGCAGCGCGGCAACAGAUCGGCUCUCCAGGCAUACUUCGAUAAACUUAAGCCUCAGUCCCGAGAGUGGUUCCUGGCAGGGGGUGUACUAAAAGAUCAGAACAUUAAAUGGAAGACGUAAGGAAGUGAACCCACAAUGCAUGGUUGAGCUGUGAUAUAAUCUCCAUUCCACAAGACCCUUUUUGUUGCGUUCUGGAAAAAGUGGGCUUAAGACAUUUGCGAAAAGUGUGGUCCCAGAUUAGCCUGUGCAGUCGGCACAAUCAAUUAGCUCAGUGUUCCCAUUUGAUUAAAGAUCUACAAAACCAGAUGCAAUCUUGUUAACCUCGACAGGCUCAAAGGAAUCUGUACACCAACUGUAUCAUCUGAUAACUUUCGACCUUGUUCGUCACAUUUUAAAAAUAAAAUCAGAAUAGCGAGUGAAUGAAGGUAAUAACAGUAAUAGCACACAAAUAUUUUAUACUUAGACAGUUCAGACAGUGUAUUUUUGUUUUUAUUUAUGACGAAGCAUUAGUUGAAAUGUAUAAAGUGCAUUUGUACUGCUAAAAAUGGAAUAAUUCUGUUUGUAGACAUAAGAGGAGUGUAUUGCUUGUUUUGUUUCAACAAUUUUACUUUUCUUCUAACGACUUCUAAGUUCUCCAUCUCAAACUUUCUUCAGAUGAAAUAUUGUUCACUGAUUUGAGUCAUUUGUUGAAUAUUUGAAGAUUACGAUAAGGAUUACAAGUGCAAGAAUCUUUGCAUUAAAGGGACAUUUGUUUUUUAUGGAAUUUUUGUGAAUUGUCUCUCAAAUUGUUCAGGGCCAUGUGUCAUUUAACAGAAACAGAACAACAACACACAUAAGAUAACAAGUCGCAUUCAUAAGGUUUCGUGUUAACUAUAAAAAUCCAAUGUAUAAUGCAUAUUAUGUGCAAUACACUUUUUUACAUUGCUGAUGUUAUUCGCAUAUUUUCGUAUGUAUAAUGUUAAGUUUUUCCAAAGAUCUAUUUAUAAACAUUAUUUAUAGAUCUUUGGUUUUUCAGAUAGUUUAUAGUUUUAAGUGUUAAGAAUCCUGGUAUUAUUUAUUUUGUUGUAAUUCUGGAAUAAAAGUUUUGUAUUUA